AUGGCUUCGACUACCCGCCAAUUCGCCCGUGUGGCGCUCCGAACCACCACCCGUCGCACCGCUUUCGUCGCUGCUCCCAGGCAAAUCCUCCGCCAGGGUGGUCGCCGCUAUAACUCUUCCGAGGCUGGCAAGUCCGGUGGCUCCUCUUCCUUGAUCUGGAUCGCUGGUGCUGCGGCGGCCGGUGGCGCUGGUUACUACUUCUUCACUCAGGGUGGCUCUAGCCCCUCGAUCAAGGAGUUCAAGCCUACCCAGAAGGACUACCAGGAGGUCUACAAUGUCAUUGCCGGCCGCCUUGAGGAGAACGACGAGUACGAUGACGGAAGCUACGGUCCCGUCCUCCUCCGUCUUGCCUGGCACGCCAGCGGUACCUAUGACAAGGAGACCGGCACUGGUGGCAGCAACGGUGCUACCAUGAGGUUCGCUCCCGAGUCGGAGCACGCCGCCAAUGCCGGUCUCAAGGCCGCCCGUGACUUCCUCGAGCCCGUCAAGCAGAAGUUCCCCUGGAUCUCCUACUCGGAUCUCUGGAUCCUCGGUGGUGUCUGCGCCAUCCAGGAGAUGUUGGGACCUGAGAUUCCUUACAGGCCCGGCCGUACUGACGGUGACCUCUCUGCCUGCACUCCCGACGGCCGUCUUCCCGAUGCUGCCCAGGGCCCCAAGCACAUCCGUGACAUCUUCUACCGAAUGGGCUUCAACGAUCAGGAGAUCGUUGCCCUCUGCGGUGCUCACGCUCUCGGCCGCUGCCACAAGAACCGAAGCGGCUUCGAUGGUCCCUGGACCUUCUCUCCCACCGUUCUGACCAACGACUUCUACCGCCUUCUCCUUGACGAGAAGUGGCAGUGGAGGAAGUGGGACGGCCCCGCUCAGUACGAGGACAAGAAGACCAAGAGCCUUAUGAUGCUCCCUACCGAUAUGGCUCUUGUCCAGGACAAGGAGUUCCGCAAGUGGGUCGAGCUCUACGCCAAGGAUAACGACGCCUUCUUCAAGGACUUCUCCGCCGCCGUCGUCAAGCUCUUCGAGCUCGGUGUCCCCUUCGCCCAGGACGCCAAGAGGUUCACUCUCAAGUCCCCCAACGCUUAA